CCACACCCAGAAGUCGGGACUCUUAACUCAUCUCAUCAUGGCUCUGACUCGAAGGUGUCCGCUCCCUGCCCCCCCCCUCCCCAGUGACCCAACAACGGUCUGCCAACCCUGAACCCACCGCAAUUAUACACCAACCCGGUGGACUCGAUCUUAACGUCUGGCAGUAUCGGAUUGCUGGCGACUCCACGGAGCCUACGACAGUACCUAGUACAAGCGUUCUAAGCGAGUCCCGUCGCCCUGCUCAAGUUAGGUUACGUAGAUCGCCUUCUCCUUUAGGAGUGCGCACAAGCCCAUCACGUCUCGUGGUGGAGGACGGAUGAACAUCUGCGACCCGACUAGACGAGUACCGUUGCUGUCUGACGCGAUUAGCUUCCUGUCGACUGCUAGGCCCGGGUUUGGUUCUGGACCUCCCCGGCAUUUCGGCCCCUUCAUAUAUUGGGUCCUCCCCACCCCGCCCAGCUGAGCUUUCUCGAAUAUGUCUGGUCUGCGUCAGUAGCAUGGCUAAGGAUGACCGCAGCCCCGAGGUCAAGGCGGUUGCGGCCGCCUUUAUGGCGGUGGCAUGUGUGACUGUGAUUCUACGAUGUUAUGUGCGUGGAUGGAUUGUGCGGGCGUUUGGGUGGGAUGACUGGGCCAUGGUGGUUGCAAUGUUUUUCUACGCCAUGUUCUCAGGUUGCAUGAUCGGUGGCGCGAUAUACGGCACUGGACGACGCUUUGAAGUGUUGACGGCGCAUGAACGCGUGACUGCCAUGGAGUACUGGUGGUUCUGCGAAAUUGCCUACUGUUUCUCGGCCGUGGCCUGCAAGAUCUCCGUCUGCAUUUUCCUUAUGCGCAUUACUGUCCGACGAAUCCACAUUUGGAUCCUCUGGACCGUCAUGGUCAUGACUGUUGUCGCGGGCAUGGUCUUCAUGUUCAUCAUGUUGCUCCAGUGCAAGCCACUCACUUACUUCUGGACGCGCAAGGCGUUCAGCCCGGACAUCCACGGCCACUGCAUGGAUAUUCAGAUUGUCAUCGCCAUGACCUACGUGUACAGCGGGUUUGCAGCGCUGUGCGAUUUCACCGUGGGUAUUUUGCCCAUCUUCCUGGUGCGGAAGCUGCAUAUGAAGCAGAAGACCAAAAUGGCGGUGGUUGGUAUUUUGAGUAUGGCAUGCAUCGCCUCCUCUGGCACCAUCAUUCGUAUCCCAUGGGUCCAUACCUUUGCGGAUUGGGACUUUCUCUACGCGACUGUCGAAAUCGCCCUCUGGUCCAACAUCGAAGUCGGCCUCGGCAUCACCGCCGGUAGUCUCGCCACCCUCCGUCCCCUCCUUCGCCAAUGGCUCGGUUCCAGCGCCGACCACAACUACGACGCAUCCCCUUUCCCCGGACCCUCGGGCUCUCGACCUCUCAACCUCAACAAAAGCGGCGGUGUCGGUCGCAGCCACGAUCGACCAUACCCACUGGGCUCCCUCGACGACACCGGCGUCCAGGGCCGUCUCCGCCCGGAUAAACUCGCCGUGACAGUCACGACGAUCCAAAGCCAGGUGGACCCGGAUACGCGACCGUGGCGCGGCGGCACCUCGAACAGCAGCGAGGAACGACUGACUGGAUCGGCAGGAAGCGGCGGCCGCAGUCACGGCACGAUCAUGGAAAAUGGCGAUUUGGAACUGGGCUUGGGCAUUCAUCGGACAUUCGAAGUGACGCAGACUUCCUCAUCUGGGGGACGGGACGUACAGUGGGAGUGACGGAACAUGUCUAACCAUUCCCUAUUCCCUAUUCCCUGGUUCCUUUUUUUUUUUUUUUUUU